AUGAGCGAUCCCGAAGAUCUAGAGGACGGAGAAAUUGAGGAUGACGAAGACGAUGACGUGCAGCCGAUAGAUCCGCCGCUGACCCAACCGUCACCCAGUGACUAUAAAGAUGACGUUGAGAAACCCAGCCAACAAGACAAUGAUCGACGAGGCGGGGACAGACUACAAUCGCCCGGCCCCUCUCACGGGCCGGGCCGGGAUCACCAUUCGCCGGCAAGCGCCAAGCCCAACCAAGGCCGCUCCAAGCCGGGCCCGGUUGUAGACGAUUGGGGGGCAAAAGUGGAGAGUGCGAUCGCGAACGCACUGAAGAAGGAUGGCGUGCAGCCACCGAUGCCGUCGGCCGCGAUCGGUCACAACGAUGAAGAAGAUAUGCCCGGCGGUGGCGGCCACGCUGGUAGUGGCGGUGGCAGUAGAAAGUCGAGAAAGCGUAAAAAAUCGUCACGAGGCGGUUCUGGUGGUGGCGGUGGUGGUGCUGGUGGAGGAGAUCAUCAACCCAGCAGCAAACAGCAACGGCUUGACGACGGUGACCAGGACGGGGAAGAUCGGGGCGAACUAGACCUGGAGUACGAAAUGCUCAAUAUGCGCGGAGGAAGCCCCCAGGCUGGAGGCCCACCGGAAGUAUUGGUGUCCGCCGACUCCGAAGCCGACACUCACUAUUCAUCCGACGGCUCAUCGUCGGUACGUCGGGGUGAUCGGGACCGGGCUCGUGAUCGAGAACGGGAGCGGAAUCGAGAACGCGAUCGGGAGCAGAGAGUGGCGGAUCGAGAACGGGAACGGGAAAGAGAAUACAAUCGCAACAAGCGGAAACAGCAGAAGCAACAGGGAAGACAGAGGAGCAGCAAAGCGGGUCGGGACAAUCGGAAGCGGAAGCGGGACGAUUCGGAUGACGAAAAAUAUCGCCCAACGGGCCCGCGCAAGAUGGAACUCUGCAAGUUCUAUCUGAUGGACUGCUGUGCGAAGCGGGAAAAGUGUCUCUACAUGCACAAGGACUUCCCGUGCAAGUACUACUACCUGGGCAUGAAGUGCAAGGAGCGCGAAAAGUGCCACUUCAGCCACGGCGAGCCGCUGACGAACGAUCUGCGGAUCAUCCUGCUGAAGCACCUGGAAACGGCACCGCAAGAGAUUCUUGGCGACUUUCAGCGUAUCAACCGCGAGACGGCGAUCGGGCUCCUGAACACGACCCACCGGAAGCUCUUGGAACGGUACGGCAGGCAGGACCCAGUUAGCGAUGGUGGUGGUGGUGGUGGUGGCGACGUCAAGAUACCUUCCCUUCUGGAUUCCUUGAGCUCACCGCAUGCGGCCGGCAAUUCGAGGCAGCACCGCAGUAAGAAUUCCCGAUGGCGCGAGCGGCUGGAAGAAGAGGAGCGAACGCCCGAUCGCGAGGAGGACGACGUGAAGGCGCACGACGGUGAGCCGCUCAGUUUGCACCACCUGACGAGCGUCAUAACGGCCACUCAGAUCAACGAUCUCGAGCAGAUGGGCAUUCGGACGUUGGACGAAAUCAGCCAACUGACGGUGGCGCAGCUCAACGAUCUGGGCCUGAGCAUAACGCAGAUUCACGAUCUGCAGGUGAAGGCAAUGAGUGUUAAGAAGUUCCGCAAUACCGGUGGGCAAGCCCCGUCGGGUGGCAUGGGUAGCGAAGGGGACAGGAGUUCGCUGGAUCGUGGAUUGGGGACGGCCGGUGCGAAGGAUCUCGAUAUGCGAAUCCUUCCGGGGCUUGAAGUACCCCCUACGCCGGUCGAGUCCGCCACCAGUGAGCAUGUCGGUGGGGGUAACAAGGAUGUGGACAUGAGAAUUCUUCCUCCAAUCGAUCGGUCAGAAUCGCAAAGCGAAUCUCAAGCAGAGGACAGCAGCGCCCCUAGUAAUCCGCUGAUUCCGCCCAGUCUUCUCAUCAAACCACCGACCGUGGACUACUCCCAGUACAUCAAAGACUCCAAUCUGGACGAGGACGACCUGAACGCAACCGACACGGCCUGUUUGAUUAGCAACGAGCCGGAAGACGAAGACGACGAUGACGACGAUGACGAAAACCAUCUCAAGAUCAACAUCGAAGAAGAUGAGGAGAGCGAGAACGAGGACGGCGAAAAGCAGCGUGUCCAGGCGGCGAACGAGGAGAGCGGCAUGCUGUUGCCUCCACUCGUUCCGCCCAAGAUCGAUUACGCCCAAGGCCUGGGGGAUUUCCUACUCUACGGAAGUCUCGACAAGUCCGCGGCCAAGAAAGUUUCCCCACAGCGCUCCGAAAGUUCCCCGGUCACGGCUUCCACGAAGGAUGAAAAUGGUUCAACUCACACCGACCUCAACGCCGACGAGGUUUGGACACCGUCCAUGUCGUUGGAUAGCGGUUCCACAACGAUCGCCACAGCUCCGACACCGAAGCCAAAGCCGGCAGCUAAGACGCCAUCGUCGAUCAACAAACGGCGAAUAACAAGUGGACCUCCUUCGAUAUACGAUCGGGACGAUUCGGAUAACGUUUCCUCACCCGAUGGUCCUCGUUCUCCCGUUUCGGGUGGGUUGGCUUACGGUCGCUCCGAUCGGCCCCUUCCGUUAGACCUUAAUGACGACGGGUCGAGCGAGUACGGAGCCGACGGGUUGCGGUCACGUAACAUGGGAUUCCCGUUCAAGCCCAUGAUGGGCAACUACGUCCCGGCGACGGAGAUCGAUGGUUCGAUCGGAUCGCAUGCUACGAUCCAGUACAAGGUAUACGUGGUUGACAUACCGAAGCCCAACUUCCAAGCCCUCCGGCGCUCGAUGCAACGGCCCAUGGGCACGAGGGAUCCGCGACUGCGCCGGCUGUUCGGUCUGCACAGUGACGAGGAGGACGCGAAAGAUUCCCACGACGACGGAGACUCCACCGAAGGUAUCAAGUCACCCGACGCGAGUUCCACUUCUUCCCCUCUCUACGGUGUCCCGUCGCACCCGGCGUCCCUUCCUCCUGCGCCACACUCUUCCAUGCCACCACAAACCGUGCCAAGCGCCCCACGAGUUGAUCCUCGGAAGCGGCACGCCGAGGCCAAACAAUUGGCCCAGCAGCAGCAAUCGGAUGGCGGGGCUGCUCCCUUCGGUAACCUUCCGCCACCGAUCCCCAACAGUGCCCCGACGACCCAGAUGGACGUGCAAACGAUCCUGCAAAAGUCCGCCUGGUACAAGGAGCUGGGCACGAAGCACAAGAUCAUGGUCAACCAGCAGCUGGCCAUCCUGUCGACGGAGAUGAAAAAGUACCACAGCUCGGACCGCUCGACGGAGCGGCUGAGCGAGUUCAUGAAGUUCCUCGGUACCAACAGCAUGCUACAGCACAUCCUGACCUGCCUGAACGUGUACGUCGACCACACGGUCGCGUUCUGCGAGGUGGCCGUAGUGCCGAACCUGCCACCGCCAAGCUUCCUACCGAACGUGCCGCCGCCGACCCUUGCCGGCGGUAUCGCGGUUCCGGUACACGUUCCGCCGCCCAUCAACGUACAGCCUCUGUUGAACGUCCCACCUCCGAACGCCAUGUCGGGCGGGCCACCACCCCCGUUCCUGAACAUUAACGGUUCCCCGGGCGGUAACAAUCCGUCACGGUUCGGGCCACCGAUGCCCGCUGAAGCGGGAUCGAAUGCGCUACCGCCGGGCCUGCUCGGUAUAGCGCCCAGAAUGCCGUUCGAACAGUUCCUCGCGAUGGGCAACCUAAACCACAAGGGUGGUCCGGACCACGGUGGAGGCGGCAACAACAUUCCACCGUGGACACAGGGCAACCCGAACAACAACAGUAUGCGCAACAUGCGCAACAACAAUCGGAUCGGGCAAAACUUUCGCAACAACAACGAUCGAUGGAACAACAACGGCGGCGGCGGUGGUGGUGGUGGUGGCGGUCCAGGGAUGAUGGGCGGUGGCCAAGGCAACAAUGGUAACAACCGGCGCAACAACAAUCGGCGGAUGGAUCGAAAAAAGUGAAUCGGACUCCAGUGCAAACCUAUUGCGAUCGCGCCGAGAAGGAACUCGUCCUUUUGGUCCACCACGGUGCUGGCCAAUUAAUUGUACAGAUAGUAGAUCACGGGAGGGCUCCUGACAGCGAUUGGCAAUUUAUAAAUGGGAGCGGAGGCCCCGGGGCGCUAAGAAUGCGGCUUCCGUUAGAAUGAUAAGCGAAACUCUAUCUCUACUCAAUACCAGCGUAAAGCGAACUCGCGGCUCGGCCACCGGCCGAGAUUCCGCGCGUUCACUUACAUUACUGUUUUACAAUUACAACACUCGACUGAUCAAGACUAAUGGUAGCAUAUCGCCGUGGGUAUGUUAACAUGAUGUGACCGCAAAUUAUGUAAGCGUAAUAAUAUGCUGCUCGCUAGCUUCUUUAUGUACAUUAUAAUUGAUUGAUUGUUCUAUUAAAUUAAAUAAAUCCUAGCCAUGAAAAGGAUUGAUUGUAUAAAAUAAAACAAC